UUGUAUGGCAUUUCAACUACUCAUGGAAUCAGUUCUGUCUAUCCAUCUCUGUGUAUAUUUUAAACUUUUACAGUUAAUUUAAAUACAUGUAUAUAUUUAUAUAUAUAUUUUAAAACUUUUUUCUAUAAUGUUAACAAUUCCUCAAGUUCAGAAGUUUUAGAAGGAACAUUUGUAGCUUCUAAAAACGAAAUUUCCUGCACUUAAUUUGCUGUCUCACACAGACACAGGGCGGACCUAAUCUGAAGACAGGGGACUUGUGAUGGAGAGCACUUCUGAUAUCAAAACAGCCAGGCCGAACUUCCUCCUGGCUGACUAUGCUGUCUUUGGCCUCAUGCUGCUUGUCUCUGUCCUUAUUGGACUGUUCCAAGCCCUGAAAAAGAGUGCUCGACGGGGGAAGGUGGAUGACUUCUUCACUGGGGGAAGAAAGAUGUCUGCAGUGCCCGUGGGCUUGUCACUCUGUGCCAGCUUUAUGUCAGCUGUGCAGGUGCUGGGUGUUCCAUCUGAGGCCUACCGUUAUGGUUUUAAAUUCCUAUACAUGUGCCUGGGCCAGACGUUCAGCUCCCUCAUUACCGCCUUCCUGUUUCUCCCUGUGUUCUACAAACUCGGCAUCACUAGCACAAACCAGUACCUGAAAAUGAGGUAUGGCAGAGGCAUGCAGCUGCUGGGAAGCUUCCAAUUUAUUUUGGCAACGCUGCUCUACACUGGGGUAGUGAUUCUCGCCCCUGCUCUCAUACUGAACCAAGCCACUGGGCUCGACAUGUGGGCUGCUCUGUUCGCCACUGGGGCCAUUUGCACAUUCUACACUACUCUGGGUGGCAUGAAGGCAGUCAUCUGGACAGAUGUAUUCCAGAUCAUUGUCAUGCUUGCCGGCUUCAUAGCCAUCUUCAUCCAUGGCACUGUUCUGGUUGGAGGACCGGCUAAGGUUCUGGAGAUUGCACACAACGGAUCACGCAUUAAUUUUGAUGACUUUUAUUUGGACCCCAGGAGGCGCUAUUCUUUCUGGAGCUUCUCUGUGGGGGGCACAAUGGUCUGGCUGUCUAUGUAUGGAGUGAACCAAGCCCAGGUGCAGCGCUAUAUUUCCUGCAAGACAGAAAAAGUGGCACAGUGGGCCCUGUUUGUCAACCAGGUGGGCCUUUGUCUCAUCGUGAGCAGUGCUGCUACCUGUGGGAUUGUCAUGUUUGCCCUCUACUCCGGCUGCGACCCACUCAAGGCGGGAAAGAUCUCUUCUCCUGAUCAGUAUAUGCCCUACUUGGUCCUUGACAUCUUUAAAGACUACCCUGGCUUCCCUGGCCUGUUUUUGGCUUCUGCAUUCAGUGGAACUCUAAGCACAGCCUCCACUAGCAUCAAUGCCAUGGCAGCUGUUACCAUGGAGGACCUGUUGAAACCACAUCUUGGGAAUAUGUCCCAGAAGAAAUUAAUUCUAAUCUCCAAAGCACUCUCUCUCAUGUAUGGGGUUGGGUGCGUCACUGUUGCUGCCCUCUCCUCUUUCUUAGACUGGGGUGUUCUUCAGGGCUCCUUCGUCAUUAUGGGAGUGGUCAGUGGGCCGUUACUCGGUGUAUUCAUCCUGGGAAUGUUUGUUCCUGCUACAAAUGCACCAGGGGCAUUUGCCGGUGUGUCUGUGGGAUUUUGUAUCACCUUAUGGCUAGCAGUUGGAUCAACUGUCUACCCUCCCAGCCCUGAAGCACAGGGAGUUCUGUCCACUUAUGCAGGACAGUGCUUGUCACAGAACCAUACACUGGACAGCAGCAUGGCCAUGGACAGUGUCACAGGCUGGACCACAGUUCCCCUGGAUCAGCGUGGGCUCACUGUCCUUGAGGACUUCUACUCAAUAUCCUACCUCUACUUUGGAGUAUUAGGGACAAGCUCAGUGGUGCUCAUUGGACUUCUGGUCAGCUAUAUCACAGGACCUACCAAACGGACAGCCAUUGCCCCAGGGCUGCUGUGGUGGGACACAAUGGCUAAAACCUUGGAUGGCCCCUCACAGAACACAGAUGUCUUAAAGAACUGCAGUCCGCUAAUUGUACCUAUGGACUCCAUGCCCACUGAAACAGGAGGAGGCGAUGGGAAAGAGGAGGCCCCACGGCUUCAAGUUGCCGAAAUGGAGAACAAUCCCCACUCUGUGCUUCUUGACAAGGUUCAGACGGUUCUGAGAACUGAUAAUGAUUUCAAAGCCAGUGACGGUGGAUGGAUGCACCUGUAGAUAUAAGAAUUUCACUGAGCCUUUAUUACAGAUGGCCAUCUGAAAAGGAAAAAAAAAAAGAUUAAUUCCUCAAGAAAAUAUUUUUUCGGAGAAUUUCUCUCACUGCUGGCAAUUGUCCCAGAGAUGAAGACAAAGCCAUAUAACAAAUUAACACCAGAGAUAGACUGACAGGGAACAGCUGAAACUCGCGACACCUACACAAGAGUUCAUACAAGUUUUGACCAACAUACUUCACCACGUUUACACUCCUGUAAAGGGGUAUCCUAAUAUACACAGGUGCCAGCUGAUUUCAUUAAUUAAUUCUACCUCCAGCCUGAUGAAUUCUGCUAAUUAGAAUAUCUAGAUGAAUGGAACAAAAUACUGGGGAGGAAUGUCACUUCUGACCCUGGAUUUUCCACCUGAAUAAAACAGGCUAUAUUUUCAAUCAGUGAGAUAAAAGGGUUUAAAGGGGCAGUUCAACCAAAAAUGAAAUUAAAGUAUGUUUGUACUUGGAUCAGUAUCUGUCCAUCCAGAUAGUUUCGCUGAAGUUUCAUAAAAGUCCACCUGCACAAGACAUUGCAAUGAUAAGGGCUACACAGUUGGCAUGCUUGGGUAGAAGUAGUAGUUUGAUGACACCAUGCAGAAAUUAAGCUCUCUGGAUGUUUGUGAGUAGCCACUGGGUUAUAUUUGGAAAGAGAGAUUACUGACAAUUUUUCGAAUUUUUGGUGCUUUGAGGACACAUAAAGAUGGACCUGCAUGGUAUAUUUUAUCAGGGUGUGCUGUAGCGAAUAUCAAGAAAACCUGUCACAUACUACUCCAGCUAAGUGGAAACAUACCAUAAUUUUAUUUUUGGAUGAAUUGCCCGUUUAACAUUUUUCUUACAAAUAAUAGAUGGAAAUAAUAUUAAGUCAUUUGAAGAACUGUUCCCAACCUAUGAAUUACCCUGAGGUGUUAUUUUUUAAGUAUUUGCAAGUAAGAAGCUACGUUAAUGAGAAGAUGUGCAACAAUCCUAAUAUUACAGAAUGUCAUUCAAUAAUGAGAUAUAUGAUAAAUAACAAUGCGGAGAAAAAUGAGUUAACUAAAUGGAUAGGUAAAAUUUAUAAAAUAUUACAAAAUGAUUAUCCCAACAGCAGAGCACAGUGUAAAUACUGAGGAAACUAUAGACUGGCAAGCUGUCUCAUUUAAUAUUUUUAAAACUACUAAUUCAUAUUUUUGGAAAGAGCAUGCUUGGAAAAUACAGCUGUGAUACUUUAGAACACCAGCCAUUCAGUCAAAAUACUGUAUAGUACAGAAAAUAAGUGCUGAGGAAAAUGUGGGGAAGAGAAAGCUACUCACUCUCAUAAAUUUUUAAAAAUGUAUCUGGUGAGACGGCAGUAUAGGAGCAGUAGUAUAUUGGAUGUCACACAAUUUAGUGGUUCCACUCUGGGAAGCUCCUCGAUAUAUUAUUUUGGGUUUAAUCCCUAUGGCAUCACUUCCGAAGCUAACAAAUACCUGAUAAGAAUUCUAAAACGUAUAGCACUAAAACAUAUUAAAUUAGCUGAAACAAGAACCACCCACUGCUGAAAAAUGGAGGGAUUUGGUAAAAGUACACCAAAUUGAGUACACAACACAUAGAAUAAGCAUAGGAAAUAGAGCUGAGCACAAAUGAGGCAAAUGGAGCAAUUUAAAAAAAGAAAUAAACCAAGCUAAAAGAUGUGAACUUAUACUCUUUUCCUUUUUCUUUAUCUAAUUGGUGCUUAUCUUUUUUGUUUCAGAGCCCAGUGGAAUCCAAUGUGUAAUCAACCCACUGAAUGUCCAUGUAAAGGUGGAGAAAUUAAUUUUAAUGCAUUUGCAUGUGUGUACGUGCUGGCAUAUAUAUAUAUUUAUCUAGGUGCGUAUGAGUAUGGGUAUAGUAUUGGAGUGAAAGAAUAUGUUUGGGUGCUUAUAUGUGUUUUGAAUGUAUGUAUACAUAUACAGACAGGUGAAUACAACAUAAAGUGUCCUGGUAAGGUGUUGGGCCAUCACAAGCUGAACAGCUUCAAUGCGCCUUGGCUUACAGAUGGUCUCUGGAACUCUACUGGAGGGAUGAAACACCAUUCUUCCAAAAGAUAUUCCCUCAUUUGGUGUUUUGAUGAUGGUGGUGGAGAGUGUGGUACAACACAUCAGUCCAAAAUCUCCCAUAGAUGUUCAAUUGGGUUGAGAUCUGGUGACUGUGAAGGCCGUAGCAUACAAUUCAUAUCAUUUUCAUAUUCAUCAAACCCAUUCACUGACCCCCUUGUGCCCUGUGGAUGAGGGCAUUGUCAUCCUGGAAGAGACCACUCCCAUCAGGAUAGGAUAAAGGCGAUUAUUUAGGAUAACUUUGUAUUUGCAAUGACCCUUCCUUCUAAGGGGAAAAGUGGACCCAAACCAUGCCAGGAAAAUGCCCCCCACUGCAUAAUAGAGCCACCAGACCCCCUCAUUGAAGGGGUCAAGCAUUCAGGCUUGUACCGUUCUCUUGGUAUAUGCCACACAUGCACUCACCCAUUUGUCAAGAAUGAGGUGAAGACUAACUCAUCAGACCAUAUGACUUUUUUCCCACAUCUCUGUAGACCUGUGCCUAUGAUUUUUGCACGACUAAACUCUCAAAUGUGCAUUCAACUUUGUAAAGAGGGGUUUAUGCACUGCAACCCUACUAUAAUAUCUCUCUCUAUGUAGUUGUCGAUGGACUGUUCUUGUUGAUAGUCGCGUUCACGUUCUGCACUAACAUUCUCAGUCACCUGAGGAAGAGUUGCUCUUCUGUUUUUCCUUAUACAGGCAGUCCCCGGGUUAAGAACGUCUGACUAACGGACAACUCUUACUUACGAACGGACUGCCAUAAAGCCCAUUAUAUUAAACAUUUGAGUUAAAUACAAUGGUUCGUAAUAACGAACGCACACACUACUUUGUGACGCUCAUUAAAACAUUGCGCAGCUUAUACACUCACUGGCCACUUCAUUAGGUACUUGUCCUGUUGUGCAUUGAGAUGCUCUUCUGCAUACCUUGGUUGUAACGAGUGGUUAUUUGAGUUACUGUUACCUUUCUAUCAGCUCGAACCAGUCUGGCCAUUCUCCUCUGACCUCUGCCAUCAACAAGGCAUUUUCGC